AUGGGUUCGUGGAACAGCCCGCAUCUUAGCGAGUCCAAGGUAUUGCGUCUUUCGAGUCCUUAUCGCAGAGGAUUAACCAAAACCCUGAUAGUAAUCCAUUACCUGCAUCCGGAGUCAUUAUCGCUGAUGAAUGGAAUACACGUAGAGGACGAGAGAAACAUGUCGCCAGGCUUGAAACUGCGAAGGGCGCCUCGCAGACUGUUGAAUGACCACAUCAACGGUACCCGACCAUCAAGUCCCGUAUUCUCUCCAAGGGAAUCCUCGACAUGCUUCUACAAGGCUCGUGACAGCCCGGAAACGGCAUGCCGAUCCCACAACUGCAAACGGAGUUUCACCGAGUAUCGAGGAAAGGUCGUGCUGAUAACGAAUGUUGCCACCAUGUCGGACAAUGCUCGGAAGGAGUUCACGGAAAUGAACUGUUUGGUAGAGGAACUCGGCUGUGAGAACUUCUCUCUGCUCGCUUUCCCCAGCAACACCUUCGGCGACCAUCAUGACUCUCUAUCACCUCUUUUAUCACGAUAUCCAACGAAGGAACCUGGGGAUAAUGAAGAAAUUCUUAACAUGCUGAAGUGCGUUCGACCUGGAUGCGACUUUCAACCCAAGUUCGAAAUGUUCCAGAAAGCGGAUGUGAACGGAGAAGAAGAAAGCAGCAUUUUCAAGUACUUAAAGAAGAAACUUCCGGUGCCACAAGACUGCCCUUUAUGGAUAGCAGGAAGCUGUAAAGAAAUAAGGUGGAAGCCGAUUCUUCGCACGGAUAUCAGCGGGAACUUCGAGAAGUUUCUCGUAAAUCACAGAGGAGUUCCUGUUCAGAGGUAG